GAGUUCAGUCUUGUGAGAUCCGUUCGUUGGUCUAGACGUGUUUGUGCUUCACGUUCCGUCGAUCCGGUUGUUGUUUUUUUCCCUCCAUCCUAUCAUCUCGCGUUCCGUCGUCGGCUCCGGUCUUUGUUACCCUCGCCGUGGUUCACCGCACUCUGCCUCAGCAGCAGUUGUUUGUUGUGUCUCGAGAGCAGCUUUUGGAAGAUUUUCCUCGAUAAAAAGUUGUGUGAUUAGGUUCAAGUGUGCAAUAGUUUUGAAAGUGAUAAGAGAGAGAAAAUUGUGAUUGGAGAAAAUUAAAUAAUAGGUCGUUAAUAAAAUCUCAAAAUCUAGCUCGAUUAACUUUAUCCAAUCCAGACUUUGGGCGCUUGAAAUCCCCCUUAAUUCCCAUCCCGAGUGAAAUUAUUUGCCCUUGAACUUUGACGUUGUACCCGUAGCUAGAGAGUGGCCUGUUUGGAGCAUUAUCGAGCGGCCCCAACAAGCCAAGCCAAUAAAAGAGCCAGACUUUGUGCUUCUCCAAAAUAAAAUAAUAAAUAAGGCACCCAAAACAUUGCGUGUGCUACCGAUUCCACUAAAUAGAGACCAUGCUAGAGGAGCCCAAAGCAGCGGUGCCCGAGGACGACCCGGUGGUGGCGGCCAUGGUCGCCGGCGCUGGUCCAGGGGGGAAGAAGCGUUCGGUGGGGCUGCUGUUGUUGAAGGAGGAGGACGGUGGUGGCAAGGAGCAGGCAUCAAUCACGACGACGCCGACCGGGAAUAACAACAACGGUCUGAUUGAUUCGCGAGGCUGCGCCAAACCGGAGAAAAAGCUAUGGUUCCGCGGCGUGCGGCCCUCCAAGUUCCGGCACGUGUACGGGCUGCCUACGCGCAAGGAGUGCUGCUACACGGACAUCAGCGUGGUGCGCAGCGGCAACGAUGGCAACUUUUGCGCCGUCAAUCCCACCUUCCUGGCGAUCGUCGCCGACACCACGUUCGUCGUGAUCCCGAUCAACCAGACGGGCCGGAUCGACUUUCAGUGCUGCAAGGUGAUCGGGCACACGGGGCAGAUUCUGGACCUGAAGUGGAACCCGUUCGACGAUCAGAUGAUCGCGUCGGCGUCGGACGACUGCACGAUCAAGAUCUGGAAGGUGCCGGAGGGUGGGCUGACGGCUAACUUGAGUGAAUGUAUGGUUGAGUUGGUUGGCCACAAGCGCAAGGUGAUGCACGUGGAGUGGCAUCCGACGGCGGCCAAUGUGCUGAUCAGCGCUGGGUUUGAUCACUUGGUUUGUGUGUGGGACGUUGGGAACAGCGAGAAGCCACUGCUGAACGUGAUCAGCUGCCACGUGGACAUGAUCUACAGUUUGGCGGUCAGCCGGGACGGGGCGUUGAUCGCGACGACUUCGAAGGACAAGAAGCUGAGGGUGAUCGAGCCGAGGAGUGGAAUUGUGGUGUCGGAGGGAGUCUGUCAUUUGGGAACCAAGUGUUCGAAGGCGGUUUUCUUGGAUAACAACAGAAUCUUGACGACCGGAUUUUCGCGCCAUUCGGACCGACAAUUUGCCGUGUGGGAUCAGCAUGACCUGAAGAAGCCUCUGGUACAGGAAGUGAUCGACAGUUCAAGUGGUGUUGUGACGCCCUACUUUGACUACGACACUCGCAUGAUCUACUUGGCGGGUAAGGGUGAUGGCAACAUUCGGUACUACGAAGUGGUGGACGAACCUCCGUACGUGUACUAUCUGAACCAGUUUCUGUCGGGACAACCGCAGAAAGCGCUUGGGUUUAUGCCGAAGCGGGGCGUUACCGUGUCCCAGUGCGAGGUGUUCCGGUUCUACAAACUGCACGCCGCAGGAAACAUCUGCGAACCCAUCUCGAUGAUCGUGCCGCGCAAGUCAACGCUGUUCCAGAGUGACCUGUACCCGGACACGCUGGCCAAUGUGCCCGCGAUCGGUGCCAAAGAGUGGUUCUCGGGCCGGAACGUGCAACCCAUGCUGAGAUCGAUGAAGACUGGCGAAUCUAUUCUGGACACCAGCCAGCGCAGGGAGUCCAAAACGGUGCACCACUCCAGCAGCAAAAACAACAUCCUGAACAGCCUGAACGGCAAUCACACGAACGAACGCCCCGUCAACGGAACCACCCCGUCUAUCAACGGAAACUACACAAACGGCAACAGCCAAACAACGACGACGACAACCGGCUCGGUCGUGACCAAUGGAAACAGCGCCGGGGGCAAAAACAACAAAGAGAACGAAAUCGAUAACCGGAAGUUCGAGACCAACAACACGAAAAAGUUUGCGUUCCUGUCGCAACCGACGAUACCGGACUACCGGCCACAAACGCAAAUAAUCGAAAAGAGCCAGAAGACGUCCACGAAUCAGAGUACAAAGUUCCACCAGCUGCAGGCCAUCUUCGGGCAGCACCAGACGGCGAACCACAAGGACAUUGCCAACCUGCAGAACAAUCUGCUCAGCAGUUCGCGGAACAGCUCGCGCAACAGUUCGCUGGAGAACAUCAACCUGUUGAACUCGGAGAAUGAGCUCCGAAAGGCGUUCAACAAGCAGUCCGACGAGAUCAAGAGCCUCCGGAAGUCGCUGAACAACUCGGAGAAGCGGGUACGCGAACUCGAAGCCGAGGUGAAGCGACUUCAGCUGCAGCUCAAGCACUAAGGUCGACGACAAGAUGAAUCAUAAUCUUGGAUCCCAUUCCCCAUUCCCUCGUGUCCCACUUUGAAGAGGAAGUCUCGUGACAAAAGCAUGUACUUUGUGUUGUGAUUCCUCAAACUCCCCCUCCCCUUAAAUUUACGAUUAGAGUAGCAGUACGAAGCAGGUAAUUCGUAUUGUCGUAUAAGUAAAAGUGAAGAUAAUAAAUUAACGCAAAAAUCUAACGCUAAAUCAGUAUUUCAACCAGACGGCAAACAAAAUGAUCAUGCUCUCUCUGUAAAUGUGUGCGCUUAACCUUUUUUGUUUCCGCUGAGGGAGGACCGGCCACAGCUCAAUCGAUGGACAAAUUUCGUUUUAUUUGCGCACAAUUUGGAGCGGAAUGAUAAUUGAUAAGCUGGAAAAAAAACCAACACUAAAGUGGCUUCUCAUACUGCAUUUUAUUGGGGAUGAAAAACGGAAAAGAUUUUGAAAAGCGAAAAAAAAACAUGUGAUUUGUGAUUCAUUCAGAAAGACAACUAGUGGAAGAUGAUAUUUAAGCUUAGGUGGAUAACUAGUGGAAGACAUAUGAAAAAAUACACACGUAUAUUUUGUAGGUGAUUUAUCCCAUUUAGAAACGUCCAACUCGUUGCUGUAUGCAAAACAAAACGACACAAAGCAAUUAGCGGACAAAUAAAUAUAACCCCAAAAAAUCAGUUACCAAAAAACCGAUAAAAACCGGCAGACUGCCCCUACUUUUUUGGUUCUAUUUCACUUUUCCAAACAUCGAUUUUAAAACCAACGUAAAGUAAGAAGUUUUCACUACUUUGACAGGUGAAAGCGGUAAGAAGGUGACAAUUAUUUAAAAAGAUUGGCUGUAACUAUUAAAUUUUUGUUUGUUUUUAAAUUGUGUUUAUAACUCAGUUUUCCUCAAUUAUAAAAUUAACUUAGGCAAAAGUUGUUAUAAGUUAUCGUUAAGGUUUUAUUAUUUAAUAUUAUUAGAAACUCGAGUUUCCAAGGAAACAACCGUCAGACAACCUUAAAUAUCGAUAAAAGUCAUGUUGCGGUUGAAAUUCUUGUGUCACUUUGAUUAAAAAAGUAGCGAAUCUGUCAAAAUGCAGAGCAUCUCAGGUUUAGCAACAACAACCCGUCUGAUUAAAUGUCCGAUUUGGCACACGAAUUUAAACCGCCAAAUUCAUCUGACAUUUCCGUAAAAACAAUACAAUACUUGCUUGCUGCUGAAACAAUCUAAACUCACAAGAGGAUUAACAAAAUAGACACAUUCCGUUUUUUUCUACGAAUGCUUAACUAUAACUAAAUGUAAUAAACGCAAAUAAUGAGCAAAACAGUGUGCUUGUGGAGUCGCCACACAAAAAAAAAAACUUACCAAACAUAAAGCACAAAGUACAGCCAACUUAAACAACUAAACCAAGUAGACAUUGCGUUUUUUUAAAAACAGGAUUUAACAAAAACAAAAAAAUGCUUUCAUAUCAAGCUUUUAUCGAGAGAACUACUAUCUCCUCCACCACUCUCUAGUUUAUGCUAAACGCCUAUGUAAUCGCGAAACAUGAAUACGUUCAAUACAAACGAAGGGGAACAUUUAAAAAGAAUCCACACUCACACAUUAAUAGCGCGGAAAGUGUCCAGAGCAAUGCUGAAAUGUAAGGUGGCGCUUCAAUAAAGUACGAAAAGUAUGUGAAGAUUGUGGAGCUGAAA